UCCGAGUGAAAGGUUGUUAAAUUAUUUCAAGAUGGCUGCCCCCUCGCAGAUGGCAACCUCUGAGCUGUACUGCUGGGAAGGCGAUUGGGAUUUACCGUCUGUCGACACUGAGUGUUUCAUUGUAUUGGCUUAUGCAAAGUUUGCAGGCGCACCCCUCAAAUUUCACAAAAUCGGCAACCCCUGGAGAAGUCCCACUGGCUCCCUGCCUGCCCUGAAGACCAGGGAGAAUGGGAGUCUCUCUCAGCCCAGUGACAUUAUCAUCCACCUCAGGAAACAGAAAUACAAUGCCGACUUCGACCUGUCUGCCAAAGAGGAAGCAGACACUCUGGCCUUCAUCUCACUCCUGGAGGAAAAACGGAUGCCAGCUCUGGUCUAUACUCGGUGGAUUGACCCUAAGAACUAUGUGGAGGUGACUCGGCGCUGGCACGCGAAGCACGCCCCAUUCCCCCUGAACUUCUUCCUGCCCGGCAGCAUGGAGGAAGGAAUCCAUGCUGAAACGCCUGUGCACACUGUACUGCGAUGCUAUGGAGUGUAUGAACCAUCUCUCGCAGAGGCUGGGCUCAACAAGUUCUUCUUCCGGGACUCACCUUCAUCUUUGGACGCUUUUGUCUUUGGCUACUUGGUGCCCAUCCUGAAGAUGAAACUGCCCAAUGGAAGACUCCAAUAGCACCUCAAGUCACUGGACAACCUGAGCCACUUCUGCUCCAACAUCCUGGCGCUCUACUUCCCCAGUGAGGGACGAGAUGUGGGACCACAUAACAUACUGUACAUGCAGUAUAUUGUCUUCGAUGAUAUCUAUUAUAUAACUUGCUAUUGUUGUUUAACUUUUGAAUUCCAUGUCUCACACUUUUUCUUGUUUAUCUUUUGUGCAGAAGGUUUUAGUCGCAAGGUGUCCUCUCAGCCUGAAGGGGGUGACGCUGAUAACGAGCCUGGUAAGAGGCGCAAGCAGCUGGGCGCCAUGUUGAGCUACGCCCUCCUCACUGGCAUUGUGGCUAUUCAACAUGUCAAGCAGGAGGCAUUAGACCACCGUUCCCCAGGUCUCAUGUCACUCUCCUCCAACGAGGAGGAGGAUGAGGAGGGCAGAGGAGGAGGAGACGGCUGCAAUUCAAAACUGAUCUCCUGUGUCUAUUCCUAAUUCUUCGUUGACGCUCCCUCAGAAGUCUGGAAAAAGACUGGAAAGGUGUUAACCAAUAUGGCAGAAGCUCCAGUUAGCCUUUUAGACUUGGUGGAAGGUUUACUCUAAUGCUGAUGCCUCAACAAUCCCUUCAGAUCCUGGAGGAGGAGUCAAUACAAAGAAAUUUGCUAUGUAUGCUAUAGUGAAGACUGUGCUGGCCCUAUUCCUGCAUUGCAGCAAGUCAAUAAAAUAAACAGGGAAGUUCAAUAAAUCACUUCAAUGUUCCAAUACAUCUAUCUGCUUGAGGCUUGCUUUAGGAUGCCAGCCAUACAUACAUUAUUGUCUAAUUCAGAGUUGCAAGAAGCUCUUUGACUUUGUAAAGCAAGCCUUUACACAGCGAGCAGAUGUAUUGGAACAUUGAAGUGAUUUAUUGAACUUCCCUGUUGGAUAAUAAAUAAUUUAUGGUAUGUAAAUUUGUAAUGCAAUUGUUAAUAGAGUUAACCUUAUUCAAUCUUGGUUUGAGGGCAGAAGUAAUGUUACACACAGGUUGCACACAAACACCUUAACCAUAAACAUUUCUUGCCUAAACUUUUUUUUUCUUUUUUUUCUCCCCAAUUUCGUAGUGUCCAAUUGUUGUCUACAACUCCCGUACGGGCUCGGGAGAGACAAAGGUUGAAAGUCAUGCGUCCUCCGAUACACAACACAACC